AUGUUCUUCCUCUUCCGCUACAUCAUCUACUUCCUCUCCUUCUACACCUUCAUCACCAUGGCCCUGUUUGCCUUAUACGCAUACCUUCCCAAUCCUCCCCCUCUCCUGGGCUUCAUUGCCCGCGUUCUGUCUGCCUAUAUGACUCUCAUCGUCAGCGCGGCAUACGGUACUAUUGCCUCUGCCGUUCUUAAACCUCUGGGAUUGCAUUACAAGUACGCUCAGUGGACCACUGCUCGAUGUUUCAAAUGGCUCGGUGCCCUCACUAUGGGCGUUAAAUUCGACAUUCUAGAAAAUGGCCGACAAAUCCUCGACUCCAAUCGACCUGCCGUCUUCAUCGUCAACCACCAGACCGAACUCGAUGUCCUUCUCCUCGGCUCUAUCUGGCCUCUCCACUGCUCCGUCACCGCUAAGAAAUCCCUCCGCAACAUUCCUUUCCUUGGAUGGUUCAUGACACUUUCCGGCUCUGUCUUCAUCGACCGCGUUGACCGUACUCAGGCCAUGAAGGCCUUCGAAAGUGCCGCUCGAGACAUGCGUGAGAAACAGCAGAGCGUGGUGAUCUUCCCCGAGGGAACAAGAAGUUACUCUGCUGAGCCAAUGCUGUUACCGUUCAAGAAAGGUGCUUUCCAUCUUGCGGUUCAGGCUGGGGUACCAAUCGUCCCCGUGGUCGCUGAGAAUUACAGCCGCGUGUUGAACGUGAAGGCCAAGAGGUUCAAUGCUGGAACAAUCAGAGUCAAAGUUCUCAACCCCAUCCCAACCAAAGACCUUACCGCCGCCGACGUCGAUUCGUUAACACAUGACACUAGGGAAAAGAUGCUCAACACCCUCACACAACUAGGCAAAGACUCCGAGUCUCGAUCAGCGACUUCAAAGAAAGAGUUGUGA